AUGCAGGACCAGCUUGCGAAGCCUGUAACCCAGUGCAAUAGUGCAAUCACAAGGCUUACAUGGGUCCAAAUCCUGACACCUUCCAAGCAAGCGGCGAACGGCUCCGCGGUCCGCGCCCGCCACGAAAGCAGCCGAGCCGGCGGCGAAGCAGCGACGCCUCCUCGGAAAGACAGAGAAAUAUCUUCUUCCGUCUCGGUGGUCGCCGGGCUGCCGGCGAGACGUCCCCCGUCGCCGCGCUCUCUCUCCAUCCGAUGCUGCGCGGCCGCCGGCGCCGACCCGGGGGAGCCGCCGCAGGACGCCGUGCUCAAGGCCAUCUCCCAGAUAGCAAGCUCUAAAGGAAGGGUUGCACAAACAACAAAUGUUAUCAUGGGUGGUACUGUGACAAAUGAUGCAACAGAUGAGUGGCUUGUUCUUGAUAAAAAGGUAUAUACAUAUCCUACAGUUAGAGGGUUUACAGCAAUUGGUACUGGAGGUGAUGAUUUUGUCCAGUCGAUGGUUGUUGCUGUUGAAUCAGUUCUUCAAGAACGAAUUCCUGAGGGUCAAAUAUCACAGAAAGUGUCUUCGAAGGGGAAGUAUGUUUCAGUCAAAAUCGGACCUAUUCGUGUGGUUUCCGGCGAGCAGGUCCAAGCGGUGUACAAUGCCAUGAAGAAAGAUGAGCGCAUGAAAUUCUUUUUGUGAACGGCAAUGCCAUGCCCAAUAGGUUGAACUAUUGUAUAUUGAACAGUGAACAGUUGAAGCGCGAAGAUACUCUUGCUCUGCAUCAGUAGAGCUAGAAAGCAGAAUUGUUUGCAUCAUCUCAUCUGCUCUUAUAGACGAGGGUAAUUUGAAAAGAACUUGUAUCAAAUGCCAGCAAAGGAAGGGAUUACUGGUUAAAUCCAUAUAUGCUGAAGUUACCAUCUAUGUAGCUCGAAAUUCAGAAAGAGAAAAAAAAGCUGAUUCGGGGUCCACGUAGAUGGACUGUGAUAUGUGAUAACUCUUUGUAGAGGAGAGCAAUAUGCACUCGCCAUAUGUGUCGUUGGAUUGCAACAAGAACCGUUUUUUCUGGAUCGAUGUAAUGGGAUGGAUGAUAAUUGUCAUCCUUAAAUAAUAUAUUUUUCUAACGAAGUGACAGGAGAGUUGCUCGUUGUAUUAAUUAGAAAGAGAAAGCCUGUAUGUCAACAGUUACAACAAGAGGUGACCAAAAAACCCUACAAGGCUUAUGGGUUCGUGAUGGUUAAGACCUAUUCUUGCAAAAUCAGGCGUCUAAGAUGAAGCGCUUUUGCAAAGGCCUAGACGGAAGCCUCAUCCUUGAUCAAUUGUCCAAACUGGCUUGGCCGCUGUCCUUUUUGUUCAAAGAUCCUCCUGUUCCUCAUGACGAGCGAUUUGAGUCCUUUUCAUGUUGAGGAUGAGGGUGGUCAGGAUGCUGGAUCUAUUAUUGGCUAAGAGGUCUUGAGAAAUCAAGUUGAGAUAUAUCUUAUUUUAUCUUGUUUGAUGAGUGAUUGACGUUUGUAUGGCUUUUGUUGGUUAGCAUAUGUAUGGUUAUAUACUACAAUGUUGAUUUUGUCUAACCCAAGUUGAAAAGAAUUAGAGUUUAUAUCGUUA